AUGAAUCCUCGCGAUGAACUAGACAUGCAUCAAGGCAGACAUUUGGAUGACAUGAUGUUACAACCAUCACAGUAUGUGAAGAAAAAAACACUACAGAAAUACAAGAUAAUCUGUGCUUUUCUGCUAGUUGCUUUGGUGGUUGUGUCGCUGGGACUAGGUUUGGGACUUGGACUAAACCGUGGAGCCCAGGAGCAAGUCAGCUGCAGGCACAAAUGUGACGAGCCCUAUCGAAAAGAGGUGGCAGGCUGCCAGUGUGACAGUGGGUGCAAAGAGCGUCAAAACUGCUGCUGGGAUUAUGAAGAUGCCUGUGUGGAGCCAACCCGAUCUUGGAGAUGCACUAAUUUCCGUUGUGGUGAGAAAAGGCUACCUGGAAGUUACUGUUCUUGUUCUGAUGACUGUUUGCAGAAUAAAGACUGCUGUGUAAACUACAACAGCAUUUGCAAAGGUGAAAUACCUUGGGUAGAAGAACCAUGUACACCACUUGAAACUCCUCAGUGUCCAGCUGGGUUUGAUGUGCCACCACUUAUCCUUUUUUCAAUGGAUGGUUUCAGAGCGGAAUACUUGCAAACUUGGAGUUCUUUGCUGCCAAAUAUUGAAAAACUCAAAACAUGUGGCACACAUUCAAAAUACAUGAGAGCUGCUUACCCCACAAAAACUUUUCCAAACCACUAUACUAUUGUCACAGGAUUGUAUCCAGAAUCUCAUGGUAUUAUUGAUAACAACAUGUAUGAUGUAGACUUGAACAAGCAUUUUUCACUUUCAGGGACCGAAAAAUUCCAGCCUUCGUGGUGGAAGGGACAGCCAAUGUGGCUGACAGCAAUGUACCAAGGUUUGAAAGCAGGCACAUUCUUUUGGCCAGGCUCUGAUGUUCCCAUUAAUGGUACAUACCCGGACUUGUACAAUAUAUACAACAAUUCAGUUACAUAUGAAGAGAGAAUUUCAGGAAUACUGAAAUGGCUUGAUUAUAGCAAAUCUGAAAGGCCUGAUUUCUACACUUUGUAUAUUGAAGAACCAGAUUCUUCUGGACAUUCAUUUGGACCAGUUAGUGGUGGCGUAAUCAAAGCCUUAGAGCUAGCAGACCAAACACUAGGAAUGCUAAUGGAGGGACUUAAACAGAGAAACCUGCACAAUUGUGUAAACCUCAUUGUUUUAGCUGAUCAUGGGAUGGAUAUGACCUACUGCAGCCAAUUAGAAUACAUGACUGAUUACUUCCAACAGGUUAAUUUCUACAUAUACGCUGGGCCUGCAGCUCGCAUUCGAGCAAGCAAUGUUCCUCAGGACUAUUAUACUUUUGACUCAGAAGGAAUUGUUAAAAACCUCACAUGCAAAAGAUCCCCUCAGCACUUCAAGCCUUAUCUGACACCUAACCUGCCAAAACGGUUCCAUUAUGCUAACAACAUUCGUAUUGACAAAGUUCAUCUUUUGGUGGAUCGACAGUGGCUGGCUGUAAGGGACAACAGUUACACGUUUUGUGAUGGAGGUAACCAUGGCUAUGACAAUGAAUUUAAAAGUAUGGAGGCUAUAUUCCUAGGAUAUGGCCCAAGUUUUAAAGAAAAAACAGAAGUGGAUGCUUUUGAAAACAUCGAGGUUUACAACCUUAUGUGUGAUCUGCUACAUAUUACACCAGCACCAAACAACGGAACACAUGGCAGCUUAAACCACCUGUUAAAAAAGCCUUUUUACAAUCCUUCACAUGCAAAGGAGGAGUCAUCUCCUUUAUCAUGUCCAGUUUCCAGUCUGAUUCCUGCAGAUGAAUUGGGAUGCACAUGCAAUAAUAUCACAGAUUCUGCAGUAAUAAACAUGAGGUUAAAUCUCACCACAGAUGAAAUAAAGAAUGCAACCUCAUACCAUUUGCCAUAUGGGAGACCCAAAGUUCUUCAGAAGAACAGCAUUUAUUGCCUCCUUCCCCAUUAUCAGUAUGUGAGUGGAUACAGCCAUGAUAUCUGGAUGCCACUGUGGACUGCAUACACUGUGAAUAAGCCUGAAAGCACAUCUUCUCUUCCUCCCACUGUUUCAGACUGUCUGCGGGCUGAUGUUAGAAUCCCUGUUGCUCAUAGCCAAAAUUGUUCCGACUACCCAGAAGGGCUGAACUUGACAUACGGUUUCCUCUAUCCUCCCAACUUCAGUUCAUCUGUUCUUGAACAGUAUGAUGCCUUACUCACCAGCAAUAUUGUUCCCAUGUAUGAAGCCUUCAGAGACAUAUGGGACUAUUUCCAUAAUGUGCUUCUUCAGAAGUAUGCUAGAGAAAGGAAUGGAGUAAAUGUUAUCAGUGGACCAGUGUUUGAUUACAAUUAUGAUGGCCAUGUUGACACUGUUGAUGAAAUUGCACAGCAUGUAAGCAACACACAAAUCCCUAUCCCAACCCAUUACUUUGUGGUUCUGACUAGCUGCAAGAACAAAUCCUAUACUCCCCUGAACUGCACAGGCUCUUUGGAUGCUCUGUCUUUUGUCAUUCCUCAUCAACCUGACAACACUGAAAGCUGUGCUGAAAACAGGUUGCCUUCUGAAUGGGUUGAAGAAAGAGUUCAGGCUCAUUCGGCACGUGUUCGUGAUGUGGAACUGCUAACUGGGCUUGACUUUUACCAGGAAAGACAGGAAUCUGUUUCUGAGAUCUUACAGCUAAAGACGUAUUUGCCAACAUUUGAGACUGAAAUUAACUGA